AUGGCUCACCUUGGCGACUUUAACGUGCUCUGCUUCGACGUCUACGGCACCCUCAUAGACUGGGAAACCGGCAUCACCACCGCCCUGCAGCCCCUCUUCACCGAAGCCAACAACAAACCCUUGCCUCCCCGCGCCGAGCUCCUCCACGCCGUGCACGAGCUCGAAGCGCAGCAGCAGAGCCACGCCCCGUCCAUGCGCUACCGCGACGUCCUCGCCGCCAUCCACCCCCGUCUCGCCGCGCGCUUCCAGCUGGCCCCGCCGACCGCCGAGGAGAGCGCCGCGUUUGGCGCCUCGAUCGGGGCGUGGCCCGCGUUUCCCGACAGCGUGGCGGCGCUGCGCCGGCUCGCGCGGCGCUACAAGCUCGUCGUGCUGUCCAACACGGACCGCGAGGCGUUUGCGGCGACGAAUGCGGGACCGCUCGAGGGCGUGCCGUUUGAUGUCGUCGUCACGGCCGAGGACGUGGGCAGCUUCAAGCCGGCGGGUAGGAAUUUUGACUAUAUGGUGGGCGAGGUGCGCGAGAAGCUGGGGCUGGGCAAGGACAGGAUUCUGCAAACGGCGCAGAGCCAGUUUCACGACCAUCACCCCGCGAAAAAGGCGGGGAUAAGGAGCUGCUGGAUUGUGAGGCCGGGCGCCAUCAUGGGGAAUAGACAGCAAGAGGUUUAUGAUUGGAAGUUUGAUACGUUGGCGGACAUGGCAGAUGCUGUCGAGGCCGAACAGAAAUAG